UAAUUUGGAUACAUCUGAAUACGAAAGAAAAUUAAUCAUUAAAACACCAGCAUCUGAAUAUGAAUUUUCGCUAGAAGACGCUAUUAAAGAACAUCAUAAAGAAAAUGGUGAUAGAACUAAAUCAUGGAAUACUUUUAUCAAACUUGCAAAUUCAGGAAAUCCAGAAGCAAAAUUUUGGGCAGGUUUAUAUCUUUACCAUGACAUGUGUAAUCAACCUAUUGAUGAGGCCGAAAGGAAGUUUAGAACAUGUAGAGCAGCAGAAUUCUUUAAGGCAAGUGCUGAUGAAUGUGACACGUCUAAUGUACAAUCAUAUGUGGAUAAAGCUCAAUUACAUUUUGCCUAUUGCUUAUGGAAUGGCAAAGGAAUCAAAAAGAAUUAUAUAAAAGCAAUAGAAUAUUUUAAAAAAGCUGCACUAGGUGGAAAUCCAUAUGCAAUGUAUAAUUACGGUAUAAUAUUAUACGAAGGAAUUUACGUUCAUGCAGAUAGAAAUCAAGGUGAAAUGUAUUUAAAAUUAGCUGCUGAUAAGCAAGUUCAGGAAGCAAUCGAUUUUUGUAAUACUAAUAACCUAAUGCAACUAACUCCGUCGAAUCAAUAG